AUGGAUUACGUCAGGGGUUUAUGGAGGAAUCACAGAAGAAAGGUUUUUGUGACGGUUGGUUGUUUAGGAAGUGGGUAUUUACUCUACAGAUUAUACAAUUCACAUACUCGUAGGCUUGCUGAUUUGGAACGAGAACUAGCUCACGAGCGUGAAAAUGAAGAACUCAUCAAAACACAAAUGAAAGCUCAUUUCGAGAAUAUUCAGAUGAUUGUGGAUUCGACUACACUGCCUCACGCAAUGCAGUAUUUGAGUAUUCGUAUUAGCGAGGAGAUUGAUGUUUCUAAUGUUAUGGAGAGAUUGAACAAAGGGAAAGGAAUGUUGAGUUCGUCUGAGAAGCUUCAGUUAUGGGAUGAGCUCAAGAUUUUGAGUUUCACGAGGAUGGUUUUGUCGCUGUGGUCAGUCACGAUGCUUAGCUUGUACAUUAGGGUUCAAGUCAACAUUUUAGGCAGACAUUUGUAUGUUGACACCGCACGAGCUCUUGGUAGCUCCCAUUUACUUGAAGAGUUAGAUCUCAUAGAUAGAGAUGAUGAACAAAAGUUCUUGUCAAGUGCUGAUUAUCUUGUGACCAAUGCAAUGCUGAGUUUGAUUUUAGAUAUGCAAGCUGCAGUCAAGGAAGUUCUUAAAGGAAAGCAGUUAAAAGAUGUAAUUACCACAAGAGUAUUUCAAGAAACCGUGUUACGGAUUGUGGAUGUGUUCAUGAGCACUGGAAGUCCACAUCACUGGAUUGAUUAUUUAAUGAUGCCUCGAGACAUAAGGCUUUCAAGAAACACAAGUGGCUCUUCACAGUCUGAUGAAACUGUGACCAAGUUUCAUCAACUCAUGUUUGAAACACGAGAAGUACUCACCAGCACUGACUUCACAAAUAUAGUGGAAAUUUCGCUCAAGCGGUUCACGGAUGCGUUGGUCGAGGAAAUGGAAACGCAGACUGACGGUUUAGCUACCGGGAUGCCAUUGGCAAAGGUUUUACCACAGAUUGAGAAGACAGUACCUGUGAUUAUAGCUGAACCGGACAAGAACCGGUUCUUACAACUCAUCAGAGACCUGUCUGAAGUUCAGCUUUUUUUUACUCUUUUAUACGCUAAUAUUCCACAAUAG